CAUAUUCCCCUGUCUCCCUCUCGGCACUACAACAAGCCAUGGGCGUGAGCACUACCGACUUGUCCGCGCCACCCAACUCCGUCAAACUGUCGGGCUGCAUGACCUCCUCCUCCUCCGUCACCCCGUGGCCACUGGCCGGCAAGCACCGCAGCGCCGCCGCAGUCUUCCGGCGUCCGCAGCUCGUCAUGUCGCGCGACGCGGGCUGGUGCGGGCAGCGCGCGUGGCGGAAGCUGCUCAGGCGGCUGGCGCAGGAGACCAAGCACAUCUGCAGCUCCCCGUCGGCGGUAGCGGCCAGGCCCAUCACGUUCGGCUACGACGCCGUCAGCUACGCCAAGAACUUCGACGACGGCCGCAGUCCCGCGCCGCCCUACGCCGCCGCCGCCGCCAAUGCCACCGAUAAGUCGAGCGGCAACUGACUAAAUGGCCGUUCUUUCUCCUCUCAUCCUAGUCUUCAUCCCCUUCCGAUCUUUUUAAUUGUUUCUCUUUUUUCUUGCUUUUAUUUCCUCAUCAAUACCCCGUACGUAUUUGGUAAUUUGUACAUAGCCAUGACGAUAUCAGAAGUCGAGUUUGGCCAAAUACACACGCUGCAUUAUUGUUCUGUAUCAGUAUGGCUCCAAUGUA